ACUUUUUCUUGUUUCUGCUACUCAGCACCUCUAAUUAGGUGUGUUCCCUACACCCUUUCAUUUCACCUUUCCUCUCUUCACAUGGUACUGGGGCCAGACUAGCCUACCGCCACACAGUCUAUCUAAAAACACCGGCAAGACUUACUACUAUGACUUUCAUAUUCAUUUCUUCCCAUCGGUCGAAUCUGACAGUUGCCUAAUAUGCGGUCUUCCUCGGUCCCAUCGAAUCUAGUUUUGUGGGGCCACCUGUUUCAGUCUCGACCUUACCCACCGUGGUGGACUGUUCCUUUAAGAGAUGCGGGGUUGACACACGAAUAACUUCCAACCCACCGACCACAGUUUGAGCCCCUUGUAGGCUGCAGCGCUGACCCGACCGACCAAAGACUACUUAGUGAUAACUUUUGAGACCACUGGGGACUCAAGCAAGACGGCCCUCCUCAGGUGGACAACUGCAGGGCCUGCGGCGACGUUGUCGGAGAGCAUCACCGGGCUGCGCGGUCGGUCGCGAUGCCGGCGCGGGGCAGCAGCGCUGUCACGUUGAUCUGUCUCGCAGUGUGCGUGUUCCUCGUCGGUCCGUGCCGGUCGGACUGUCGCGGAGCGGGCCUGUGCUGCUCCGGCCGAGACCCGUCGUGCGUCAGCGAGGGUUGGCGAGCCGACCGGUCGUACGGCACCUGCUACUGCGACCAAGCCUGCGUCUCCACCCUGGACUGCUGCCACGACUAUGAGACGGCCUGUCCAGCGGUUUCCUGCGUGGUGGGCGAGUGGACCGAGUGGUCAGGCUGUGCUGAGCCAUGCAGGGCCACAGUUCGCAGGCGGGGCAGGGUCAUCCUGCAGGAGCCGCUCAACGCAGGGAAACCCUGUCCCCAUCUGGAGGAGCACGCUGGCUGUGCGGAGUACUGGUCAAAGCAAGGACACUGUCACAACUCACUUGUCCCAGCUCUUAUUACCACAGGUGGCUAUGGCAACGCCAGGAAGAAAAGAGACAUCCCCGACAGUGGCGACAUUAUAGGGUAUUGUGUCCAGUUUCAGUUGACCUCUUUGACAAAAGGGUGCCAGCAGAGUGCGGACCCACACACCCAGUGGAUGCAGUACCUGAGGGAGGGGCACAAUGUGUGUGUCGAGUGCCAGCCGCCCGCCCUUGCCGCUGAACACAAACACUGUGCCGGAGACGGAGAGGAAAACGCCGAGGACAGAAGACAGUCUCUCCAGUGGCAGGCGGUGGGAAACCCUCGAUGCAGGGGUGUGUGGAGACGCGUGGGGAGGCUGGAGGCCUGCUCCUGCCCAACAGCCCACAGCUUCCUCUUCAUCUGACCUCCUCCUUCCUUCUGUUAGCCCCCCUUCCUGUACAUAUUUACUCAGACACAUGUAUAAAGAACAAUCUGCCAGUAUAAUUAUAAAUCUCUCCGUAUAAUUACAAACACUGGUCUGUAAAUGUAUUCUAGUAAAGAGUGCUGACCAGUGGUCAGUUUUGCCUUUUUAGUCACAAUGACGUACUACAGGUAAAGUUUUCAUUAAUAUGGCCAAAUAUUCUGAUUUCUUAGUCAGAAUAUAACAAAUCUUCUACACUUUACUCCACAAAAAUGCCUUUAAUGAUACACGUUCCUGUCUGCCUCGGUUUACAAUUCAAAAACUUUGCAUUAACAGUAAAAUGAAAGUCAACGAUUCCUAAUUAAAAUGUAAAGUGAUCUGAUUUAUUUCAUUUUGAGUCAUCAAAGGGAAAUGUUGCUUUUCUUAAG